UGUAUAAAACGAGGGAAGGGUUGAAGGUAUAGUAAGAGACGCUGACCAGCGAAGAAGCAACUGAGGUACUGAACAGUGUUCCGUGACUUCUAUAGGAGAUACAAACACAAAGUAUUCCAGGACCUUGGACAGCACCCGGUACCCAAGAGGAACAGCAGAUCAUUUACUAAAGAAAAUGUAUAAAGCGAUGUUACAAAGGAACGGCUCCCAGCUCCUUUUCCUAAUAGCCCUGUGCAGUGUGUUAUAUUCCCGGACUCAGUGUUUGCCAUAUGCAUCUAUGAGACCGACGAGACACGCAGACGGUCUCUUUACAAGUGGAUACAGCAAACUUCUUGGACAGCUAUCGGCGCGGCGGUACCUGGAAUCCUUGAUUGGAAAGCGAGUCAGUGAUGAUAUGAUGGAGGACCAGGUACCAGUGAAGCGCCACUCAGAUGCCAUUUUCACAGACAACUACAGUCGCUUCCGCAAACAGAUGGCUGUGAAGAAAUACCUGAACUCAGUUCUGACGGGAAAGAGAAGUCAAGAAGACCCUCCCAUGCAAGAAGAAUCCAGAAGUGAGCCCUCAUUUCUUGAGAGCUAUGAUGACGUCGAUGUAGAUCACCUUCUCAAUAACUUCCAAUUGCCACUCUGAGGAAGACCCACUGGUGCGAUUACCUCAAUCCGUCAACCUCAUCAAUUUGCCAUCCAAAACAAUAUUUAAGUUCUUCAACAAUGGACAUGUUUCAAAGUCAAGUGUGGUUAUCUCUACAGUAUAAAGUAAAUGUUUACAUUGUAUACAAGAUAUACUAAAACUACAAAUAUUGGUCUGAAGAUGUAGGCCACAGUAAAUACUAUAAACGUCCACCUGGGAUCAGAUAGAUUUGCUUUGACCAGGACUGUAAAUGGUAGUUCAAUAAAUGCAUUCCUAAAACAAACUUUAUACUGGUAUAAAGUAUAACCAGCUCAUACAGUAGAGGACCACAUUUAGAGCGACACUGAUGCAUAUAAUCACUUCAUAUCCGUGUGGAACAAUGCUAUACCUUGUGCAUAAACUUACCUAGAGCAUUUAGUUAUGUAAAACCGUGCAUCCAAAUAAAAGAUGUCCAUUUAUUUUUCAAA